UUGUGGCUAUCGUUUUUGGUGCCAGUGAAUUCCGAACCUCUUGGUCUUUCAAAAGAUCAGUUAGUGAAUAAACGUGUUGUGCCAAAACACUUCGACAAAUACCAACUGGAUGAUAAGGGUAAUCGUCUCAAAGGUGGUUAUCCAUGCCUGUUGUCUACUGAAGAAGUCGAGCAUGAGGUUCCUUUAACUGGUGAUCAUUUAUAUGACCAUAACUACUGUAAAAAAGAAGACAUUGCGGAAAUAGUGGAAAAUCCAGUGGUUGCCCAAGAACAUCCAGUUGAUCAUAUAUAUUCAAGAUUAGCUACAAAUCCUUCUGCAUCUUCUUUUCUCAAUGCUGGUAAUAAUUUUUAA